AUGGCCCAAUAUGAUUCAGAGGAAGACGAUCAACCACGAAAGAUUUGUGACCGUCUUGGGGACCUCACACUCGUCGACAGUCAGCCGCAAUUGAGGAUCAGGAUGGACCAGCUCGCUGAACUUCAAGCCCAACUCCCUGGGGCUAUUUUGGGCGUUCGACCCAUACCAAGUCCACAAUCUGUCGCCCAUGCCAAAGAUGCAAUGGGUAAUGGAGAAGCUGGCGUUUGGACAGGAACCGUUUUCAACGCACCAGCGACCAUCUCCCCUCAAUCGAUAUUCGCAUCCCGCCACAUCGACACAAUCAACGACCACAUCAAUUACGAGCGCUACAUGAUCCGGCGUAGGUAUACCCCGGGGCUAGCAGGCCUGAAGACCAUGGCCGUAUAUACGGACGGCGCUUGCGCUUCAAAUGGCGGCGCCACGCCCAAGGGUGGCUGCGCCUUCGCAGUCAACGACGGAGACGGGCUGUACUCCCAGCGGCUUGAGGAUGCAGGCCCCACCGGCAUGGCUUACACCCAUACAAACAACAGAGCUGAGCUCCGCGCCGUCAUCGGCUUCCUCGAGUGCCGUUCAUGGUGGGGGGAAGGCUGGACACGCAUCGUGGUAAUGACUGACUCCGAGUAUGUGGCCAAUGGAGCAACUGUCUGGAUACGGAAAUGGGCCUGCAAUGAUUGGAAGACGGCCGCGGGUAAGCCUGUUGCGAAUCGCGAUCUCUGGGAGGAGCUUUCUAAGCUCAUGGGACGAUAUGCCGAAGGUGGCUGCGAGAUCUCGCUUUGGGCGAUACCACGUGCAUGGAACACUCGUGCGGAUGCAGCCGCAAAGAGUGCCUGCACGCUGAGCACUAAGGAGAAAUACACAAAGGUGAUGGUUGUUCUCCGUUGA